AUGCAGAAGGCGAUCCGCUUCAACGAAAACCAACUUCUUUACCUGGCGUCGAAAUCGAGGCGGGAAAACACCAUAGCUGGAUAUCUUCAUAAGAAAAGUUCGGACACUGGAAAAUGGCAACUGCGAUAUUUCAUAUUGUAUCAGAAUCUAUUGUUUUACUUUGAGAGUGAGACUGCAGGUCGGCCGUCUGGAGUGGCCCUGUUAGAAGGCAGCUACUGUGAUCGCGUUCUGACACCGGCUGCUCUGAAGGCCGGCAAGGACACAGAGAAACAGACACCUCUGGUGAACUGGGGAGGGUACCGCUUGGAGUACUGUUUCACCAUUACAUACAAGAGUGAGGGCCAGCGACAGUAUGACCUGCGCACAGACACAGAGUCUGAAUGUAAUGCAUGGAUUGACCACAUCAAACGAGCACCGUACAGUAAGGUGUUGGAACAAAAGGAGGAAUUGGAACAGAAGCAUCUCCACCUGUUACAGAUCUUGGAAAGUGAGAGACAGGCUAAAUGGCACUAUGUUCAACAGACAGAGGAACUGGCCCAGGAUGUUAAGAAACUUCGAGCAGAGUUGGCAAAAUUCAAAAAAGAUCGUGUGGCUGGAGACAAGCAGGAUGAAGAGACUGAUGAGCUGAAGAAAAUUAAAAAAGUACAAAGUUUCUUCAGAGGCUGGUUGUGUCGACGACGCUGGAAACAGAUUGUAGAACUCUAUAUACGAUCCCCUCAUGCAGAGAGCAUGCGCAAACGUAAUAGCAUCGUGUUCAACAUGGUGGAAUGUGAGGAGGAAUACAACCGGCAGUUGUCUACUCUUGUCACGUGCUUUCUGCGACCCCUUCGAAUGGCAGCAUCCUCUAAAAAGCCCCCCAUUACUCAUGAUGAUGUAAACUCCAUUUUUUUAAAUAGUGAAACCUUGUUGUUUUUGCAUCAAAUAUUUUUGAAAGGAUUGUGUGCAAGAUUAGAAAACUGGCCAACUUUAGUAUUAGGUGACCUGUUUGAUAUGCUGCUACCUAUGCUAUGUAUAUACCAGGAGUAUGUAAGGAACCAUCAUUACAGUCUACAAGUGUUGGCAGAAUACAAACAGAAACUAGAAUUCAACAAUCUGCUCAAACGCUAUGAAGAGAAACCACUAUGUGAAAGCAGAACAUUGGAAAUAUUUUUAACUUAUCCUAUGCACCAGAUACCUCGAUACAUAAUCACUCUGCAUGAGUUGCUGGCUCACACCCCUCAUGAUCAUGUUGAGAGACAAAGCCUGGAGUAUGCCAAGAGCAAGCUUGAGGAGUUAUCACGGAUUAUGCAUGAUGAAGUAAGUGAGACUGAAAACAUCAGAAAAAACCUGUCUAUUGAGCGCAUGAUAGUGGAAGGUUGUGACAUACUCCUGGACGUUAAUCAGACAUUUGUCCGCCAAGGGGCAUUACUACAAGUCUUCAACGAAAAAGGGAAAUUUGGACGCGGGCGCCUUGGCUCCUUCAGCUCUUCAUUCAAGGAGUCCAAAAAAGAGGUUGUGCGCCAAGUGUUUCUCUUCACCAAUCAUAUGUUACUAACUACACGGUCCUCUAACGGAAGACUUCACCUUGCCAAAAUUUUGCCCAAAGAUAGACAGCAUUAUGGAAAGAUCCCUCUGAUUGACUGUACACUGAUUGAGGACCCAAGCACAGAAAUUUGCUUCUUUGACGACGAGACUGUUUCAGUGGACUCAAGCUUCAGUUUACUAAGUGUAACGUCUGGUGCCACUCUUCUGUCUACCCAGUCCUGUGAAAGGGACUCUCGCCCGGAUUACAAUGGACUAGACUUCAAGAUCAUAGUUGACUCCAAAAGUGGCCCACCCACCACUAUCACUCUCGUGGCCUCAACCCACCAGGAGAAGAUUGCCUGGUGCAGCGAUAUCAGUCAGUGUAUUGAAAACUUGCACUACAGUGAUUUGCUCAAUACCUCCAUGAGUGAGUCAUCUUCUGUCACGAUGCCCCAGUCUGUCAGGUCAGAUCCAAAAUUAUUCCGAGAUGAUGUAGAUAUCAAGUUUAGUAGAACACUCAACUCUUGUAAAGUCCCACAGAUUCGUCAUGCCAGCGUUGAGCGGUUGUUGGACCGCCUCACAGAUCUCAGGUUCCUCAGUAUUGAUUUCCUCAACACAUUCCUACUGACCUACCGUGUCUUUACAACUGGCAAGACAGUCUUAGAGGCCCUCAAACGUGUCUAUAAAAACCCAGAGUGUGGCAACCUGGAGUCAGGGUCCUCUUCCUGUCAGUCCUCAUCAGAUACCGAUAUCUAUGGCGGAGGAGGCAGUCCUCCCCAGUUCACUGGGGAACCUCCAUCUACUCAUAAACUCAUGAUUAAACCACAUGCAGAGAAACCAAGGAGAAUCAGUACAGGGUGUAUGAAUAUAGAGGUCACUGGGUCAACUCUUUCAAAACCCCCACACACUCAACAACAAUCCAAGGACUUGGAGUCAGAGACUACCAAACCCAAGGAACAGCAACGACGAGUGUCCUUCCAUAAGUUAGAGAGAGGAGAUUCUGUGGACACAGCCGAUAGUGAUGAUAGCAGGUCAGAGCUGGCUUCCUAUCUCUACCCACCACGGGCAAAACUGGCUCCGAUCGCUUCCCUGGAGACAUUGUGUGACCCAGAAAUCACCAUUCCUGAUGUGCCUGCCAUCACAACAAAUGAUUUGUUGACUACAGGCAUCAUGUUACCUGAUGUUCCUGGCGAAUCUUCAGUGGACGAUUUUGAUAGUGAAUAUUCAACAGAGUUUGCCAUAUCAUCUGACAAUGAAAAUGACUUGUCAAACACAAGACAGAGCAGUUCUUAUACACUUGUGUCAGCAGCAAGUUCUGAUACUCUCACCCCCGGCACACCAAGGAUCAGUCCUAUGCCAUCGCCCCGUAUCAGCCCUCGGAUGAUCCACGGGUAUACAAAUGGUUCUCCUCGUAGUAUGAGCCCACGUAGACCAUGUUCACCAAGCAAACCUUUGUUUACUGGGUCAGAUUUUAAGAUUCUGGAUGCUCUGGCAUUGUCUCCCACUAGUAGUCCUAUACGAGUGAUCAAACCACACCCUGUCUCUUCUCCCAUCAGAAUCCCUUCCCCCAUUAGAUCUACUUCACCAAGCCAUCAGAUCUCCUCUCCCAUACGGCGACCAAUAUCACCAGGCCAACGGCGACCAUCAUCACCGGGACCACGGCGCCCAUCAUCCCCAGGACCUCGACGUCCAUCAUCCCCUGGACCACGGCGCCCAUCAUCCCCUGGACCACGGGCCACCUCACCGAGCCGUCGCCCCUCAUCACCUCGCCUCUCCUCCCCCAGUAGGUCACCAAGCUCUAGUCCCAAGCCGCGGCGGGCGCCCUCACCCAUAAGUGCCAGUAUGUCAUCACCAAACAUCCUCAUGCCACAUAUCAAAAUCAGACCAAGUCUAGCUCCUCCACCGAUGACAGCAUUUGCCGUAGCUACAGCGGGAUCAGCUUAUCAGUCUGACAACUAUAUUGUAGCAAAGCAGGGACAGCCUCUAAGGGAGGGAGUAUGGAGAUGUUUACUCUAUAUUGUAGCUAAGCGUGGGAGUACAGAAGUGGAGUCGAUUGGCAGUAUUACACCACGUAGCAGUAUUGUAACACAGAUUGAAGGUUCCCCACCAUCUGCUAAGGCUGGUGCUGUUGUUACAUCGUCACGCAGAUCAAAACGAAGGUCUAGCUCCUCCACCGCCAUGACAGCAUUUGCCGUAGCUACAGCGGGAUCAGCUUAUCAGUCUGAACAACAACAACAGCAACAACAGCAGGGACAGCCUGUCAUACAGCCACCUACAACACAGCCUCAGCAGUCCUCCAACCUGCCUGCACAGCCACCUCAGCAACCUCCUAAACGAUACCUCAGUACAGGGGCUGUUGUCACUGAUCCUCGUCUUCUUAAGAAGCGUGAAUCUGUCAUCAGCACAGCAGCAACAAUGCGUGUUCUAAACAUCAUCAAACAUUGGGUCUCCAAACACCAACAGGACUUUGAGUGUGACCUUGAGCUAAAGCGAGCUGUGAUUGAUAUGCUAGAAGAGAUGGCAUGCAACACAUCACUAGUUCCAACAGAGCAGAAGGCUGCUGCCUCAAUCCUACGCACUAUCACCAAGGACAACGAGGAAAUAAAGAAGGUUGACCUCACUAAACUCCUCACCCCACCAGAGGUUUCAACGAAGGACACAUUCGACACUCUCUCAGCGUUAGACAUAGCAGAGCAGCUUACCUACCUCGACCACAAAAUAUAUAUAGGCAUUCGUAGCGAAGAAUUACUGGGUCAGGCGUGGAUGAAGCAAGAUAAAUCCCACAAAGCCCCACAUGUUCUUCUGGUCAGCAAGCGCUUCAACGAGGUUAGCCGGCUGGUUGUGUCAGAAAUCGUGGGCCGGCAGAACCUACAGGACCGUGUCUCCUGUAUAGAGAAGUGGGCAGCCAUUGCUGAUAUCUGUCGCUGUAUGCAUAACUACAAUGGUGUGCUCCAGAUCUGUGCUGCCUUUGUCAACAGUUCUGUCUACAGACUGAAAAAGACAUGGGAAAAACUCUCCAAACAGACUAAACAAAUGAUUGAACGUCUUCAGGUGCUGGUAUCGUCAGAUGGGCGAUUUAAGAAUAUGAGAGAUGCCCUCCACAGGUGUGACCCUCCCUGUAUACCUUACCUGGGAAUGUACCUGACAGACCUGUCCUUUAUUGAGGAGGGAACACCAGACAACACAGAGGAAGGACUUGUCAACUUUUCCAAAAUGAGAAUGAUUGCACAUGUAAUACGGGAAAUAAGAUUAUUUCAACAAACACCAUACAGAAUAGAGCACCAUGUUAGGAUAACUAACUACCUACUAGACCCAAAUAGACUACUGGACGAUGACCGCACAUACAAAGCAUCUCUAGAAAUAGAACCAAAGCAGUCGAGACUAUCCACUGUGUCUCUAGCGCCGUCUUGA